AAAUGUCUUGAUAAGUCUUUCUUGUAAACAUAACAAAAAUCAAACUUUUGAUCUGCUCAUUUAAAAAGUGGUUUCCUAUUAAAGUGUAGUAUUUUUUAUUUUCCUGUAUGAAGCAUUUUGAGGUGAUGUAAACAGUAUAUUUGUUAAACAUAUAAAAUUUGUAGCUGAAUUCCCGAAUUAAUUGAUUGAAUUGGUACUCUAUACUAUACUCACUGUACAUAAAACUUUCUCAAAUCAGCUGAUUAUUUUUUUCAGAAGUAAUUGCCUUGUAAUUGAUCAACAUUGCGACAUUACACUAACAGUAGAAUUUUACUUUAUGAACAUGAUGAAGUGAUUUAGUGCUCUGCACACACAUGCUUCAGAGCAAUUUCCAGAACAUCAUAUUUUAUUAGAAUAAAAGGACUCUUUUUUCAAUUUCAUUUCAAUAUUUGAUGACACAUCAAAAACGGUAGCUGUAGGAUUUUAUAGACCAGUUAACUUGCCAAACAUGGCUGCAGGCUAGAUGCCAUGAUUACAUCUGUUUUUAUGGUUGUUACUUGAAGUUCAUUGUUUGAUCAAUUUUUACAUUUUGCAUGUACAAUUGGUAUCAAUAAGUUUACUUCUAGAUUUGAAUUUCAAAUCAGAUUGCAUUACGCAGUCAUGAUAACCAAAACAAGUGAUCUUUAUUGGCUAUACAAACAGGACAAGGUAUUAUAACUUGAGAGCUUAAAAAUUCAAUUUGUAACAAGUAGAAAAUGUCUUUGUGUGCAAAGAUGUUGUUUCCGGGUAGACUUCAAAUGAUUAAAGUCCUAGCUGUCACUUUCACAAUGACAAGUCAAGAUGUCAUCUUGUUUGUGAUGUCAAAAACGAAAUAGACCAAAUAGGAGAAAGGGAAAGAGGAUUAUGAGUUGUUACAAUUAAGGUAGCAACAGCCUACUGUGUGUGCUCAGGGAAGUUGCCUAGUCUUCAUACAUUGGCUACAUACACUCAAGUAAAGUGUCCCUCAAUGAAUAAAGAAAUCUUUAUCAUUCGGAUGGUGUUUUUUUCAUUGUGCAAAAAAUCUACAAAACAACCACAUUGUUUCAGGAUAUCAAAUCAACGUUGAAUUGAAUGUGUCGUAUAGGUGCAUUCAUGUGUAUAUUGUGCAGUGUAUAUAUUUGGUUUAUCUUGCUGAAUGUGACACCAUCAUGACACUAGUUAACAGGAAGAAAAAGGUCUAGUGCAAUCUGAGAGUGCAACAUGGCUGAUGUUGAUUGGAAGAAGAUCAGUCCAGACGAGUUCCAUCAGCUCCAGGAGUACACAUCAUACUCUUCGAAGAAGUUAAAAGAUGUCCUAGAGGAAUUCAAUGGUGAUGGCUGCUUAUCCAAAUACAACCAAGAUGAGCCAAUUGGGUAUGACUGUUUCGUGCUGUUUAUGGAGACGUACCUGGAUGCUGAAUUGCCAGAGGAACUAUGCAAACACCUUUUCUACUCCUUCAUGAAGAAGCCUUCACAAGCGGUGCCGGCGCCGCAAACUGUGGGUAAGGAUCUACAUCUGAAGGAUGUGGGUAAGGAUCUACAUCUGAAGGAUGUGGCGGCAGUCACCGCAUCACAGACUGUUUGUGCCCCCAUUACACAUUUGGGAACUGAAAUUCUGGUUGAAAAAGAUAGGCACCACUCAGGACUGGCUGAAAAACUCCACGGCUUAACUGAAAAACUUAGUCUCCACGGGCUGGGCCAUAGUCGCCAUGAUAGCGGGAGUGGUGAACUAGGGAGGCGGAGUCGAGCAGAAUGUAUGUCCAUUGAUGUACCUUCAAACGAGAAUGGCUCUGCCUCUGUUUCAACUCACACAUCUGUUGCUAUGACAACAAACCCCGGCCUGGAGAAGUCCUUGAUGGCUCGAGAUGACAGCCAGCUGGACGCCUCCACUCACUCACGCUCAUCCUCCAAGAAAUCCAGUCACAGUAUACACUCCAAUCAUAACGGUCACUCAUUAGAUUCUUUAGAUCCAUGGAUACCUCAGUCCAAUUCCUCGUUACCUCGGGUCAACCCUGUCGAGCUGAAGUCGGUGCAGAAACGCUCCGGCAGCAGCGAUAUCCGAACAGGCCACAUCUAUCUGAAGGACCUGGUCUGUUUUCUGUCUCUACUAGAAGCAGGGAGGCCGGAGGACAAACUAGAAUUCAUGUUUAGGUUGUACGAUACAGAUGGCAAUGGCUUACUAGAUGCUAGUGAACUAGAUUGCAUAGUGAAUCAAAUGAUGUCGGUAGCAGAAAACUUAGGCUGGGACGUUAGUGAACUAAAACCUAUUCUACAAGACUUGUUGAAGGAGAUAGACUAUGACUCUGACGGUACUGUAUCACUGGAGGAGUGGAAGAGGGGGGGCCUGACCACCAUUCCACUGCUAGUCUUGCUGGGCCUCGACACCAAUGUCAAAGAUGAUGGAACACACACAUGGAGAUUAAAGCAUUUUAACUACAAAUUAAAACCAGCAUACUGUAAUCUCUGUCUCAACCUCCUGGUGGGGCUUGGCAAACAGGGACUGUGUUGUACAUUCUGUAAAUACACAGUGCAUGAGAGAUGUGUACAGAGGGCGCCAGCGUGCUGUAUAACGACGUACGUCAAAUCUAAGAGAACCCCUCAGGAUCGCCCACAGACACUGAACCAUCACUGGGUGGAAGGCAACUGUCCGGGGCGGUGUGACAAGUGUAAAAAAUCCAUCAAGACGUACAACGGGUUAACAGGCGUGCACUGUCGAUGGUGUCAUAUAUCUUUACAUAACAAAUGCACAUCACAAGUGAAGCCCGAGUGUGAUUUGGGAGAAUUCCGAGAACACACCCUCCCCCCAACGUCCAUCUGCCCAGCAGUGCUGGGUCCGCGAUCAGGAAAAAAUGAGAAGAAGGAACUACAGCGAGCAGACUCGGCAACUUUUGAUUGCUCGAAAUUAAGCCAAAGUAUUUAUGUUGGUCAGAGUUCAUUUCAAAUCACCCCUGUGCCAGGAUCUCAUCCACUGCUAGUGUUUGUGAAUCCCAAGAGUGGGGGAAAACAGGGAGCCAAAUUAAUAAGAAAAUUCCAGUAUCUUCUGAAUCCACGCCAAGUGUAUGAUAUGAUCAAGCAUGGGCCAACUCAAGGGUUGCAGUUCUUCAAAGAUGUGCCCGGUGCCCGUAUCUUGGUGUGUGGGGGAGAUGGAACGGUGGGCUGGCUGAUCGAUGCCAUGGACAAACUGGGUAUGGUGGAGCGACCCCCUGUAGCUGUCCUACCGCUGGGGACAGGGAAUGACCUAGCAAGAUGUCUGCGAUGGGGAGGAGGUUAUGAUGGUGAAAAUCCAACAAAGAUCCUCCAGAAGGUAUCACAGAGUGCGAAGAUAAUGAUGGACAGGUGGAAGAUUGAGUUCAGUAAGCCGGAGGAGGGAGAGGAGGAAGAGGAAGGAGACCCCAUUCCAUGCAAUAUCAUCAAUAACUACUUUUCCAUUGGUGUUGAUGCUUCCAUAGCUCAUAGAUUCCAUCUCAUGCGAGAAAAACAUCCAGAAAAGUUCAACAGCAGAAUGAAAAACAAGAUGUGGUAUUUUGAAUUUUAUACCUCAGAGACAUUAUCAGCCACAUGUAAAAAUCUCCACGAAGAGAUUGACAUAAUGUGUGAUGGAUACGCCUUGGAUCUAGCCAACGGUCCAAGGUUAGAGGGUAUAGCACUUCUAAAUAUUCCAAGCAUAUACGGCGGUACCAAUCUAUGGGGAGACAACCCCAGCCAGAAGAAGCGCAGGAAAGCCCAGAAGGCCGCCAAGAAAGACAAAGACCGGGAAUUCUCCACCAGCAGCAUGUCCUCAGCAGAACUCUCUAUCGCCGUGCAGGAUGUUGGAGACAGCAUGAUAGAGGUGGUUGGGCUAGAAAACAGUAUGCACAUGGGUCAGGUGUAUGCCGGUCUGCGGGCCUCAGGGAGGCGCCUCGCCCAGUGCACACAGGUUGUGAUCAGGACUAGAAAAAGGUUCCCCAUGCAGAUAGAUGGUGAACCAUGGUUACAGCCACCCUGUACUAUAAAUAUUACACAUAAAAACCAAGUACCUAUGCUCAUGGGACCCCUUUCCACGAAAAAGUCAUCCAUUUUCAAGAUCUUCAAAAAGUAACGGCAUUAUCACAGAAAAAAAGAAACAAAACGCAAUCAAUGGCAGCAGACUACACAAAUUACUAAAACUUUACCCCUUAACAAGAUGUUGGACUAUGGGAGACCUAGUGCUACGUUUCUAAUAUACUGCCUCACACGAUGACUCUGUACAAUGUAAUGGAACUACCCUGUAUCUCAUCUUCAUGUCUGCAUCAUCAGGUGCAGAUGACCCGUGUUUCUGUGAAUCUUGAGGACUUGUUUGUUUUUUUAUUCUGUUGAGUAGAGAGAUGUGCUAGCACACCAUAUUGUUGGUCCAUUCCGGAAACAAGAUAUAUUAUCAGCAGGAAGUAGUUAUAUUUUAUCAUGUGGUCAGAUCAGAAAUUUUUUCUCUUAAAUUUUUUUUUUUUUCAGUAUUUCAUUUCAUUCUUUUAAGUUUUACUUGUAUGUGCCAUCAUAUCAUGGCUGUUUACCUCAUGGUCAAUAGGAAAUCAGGCAGAGGAAAUGCUGGCUAAACCAAAAAGGGAGACAACUCAUUGAAAAACCCUAUCAACCGUCAUAUCUAUACAUAAUCUGUGUGGGUUCUCGAUACAUAGUAAGUGUAUUGGGACUGUUUCCUCCAUCAGUAGUGAAGACAAUGCCCCAUUGUUUUUUGUUGCACUUGUUUUUUUCAAAGCUGGUGUAUAUUCUAGAAUCAGCUCUGUAUCAGCGAUGCAUGGAAUUGCUCAAUUUGUGUUGUGUGACUUUUCACAACAACACUUUUUUUUAUUUUCGACUUUUAUUUAAAAAAAAAAUUAUUUAAGAAUAUUAGAGGUGCUCUUUCUGUUGUACAAUUUUUCUUCACUUGUCAAAAUCUUAGCAAAAUUAUUUUGCUCACUUAAAUGCUUAUGGGUAAACAAAAUAUAUGGAAAUCAAUUGUGGUUAAAAAGAAAAUGAAGACACAAUGAUACAAAUGAUUUAGCUAUAUUGUGGUCUAGGUUGAUUGGACAAAUAUCAGAAGUACUGAUUACUGUUUUAAAAAAAGGAAGAAAAUGGAAAAAAAGAAUCAAGCAUAAUAUAAUGUACACUGUUGCAAGUAAAUGCAACUUGUGCGCUAACUUUUGUUUUUCAUAUUUUUUUUCUGACAUUUUAAUGGGGUCAUAUAACCACAUUGUUUUAACACAUGUACAUGCAGGUCUUCUUGUAAUUGCUGGCAAUUGCAGUGUAAAUCAUGUACGUGACAAAAACAGAAAAGAAAAUAACUUUCUUAAAAAGUCGUGUGUAGUAUCUGAGAUACGCUACGAAUUUUUUUUCCAAUUUUUAUUCUCUCUUCUUUGAUCAACUAAUUUUUUUUUUUAUUUUGAAAAUGAACAAGCACAAAAGAAGGACAGCAAAAUACAUUGCAUUGACUUUAGGUUAUUAUUUCGUUUACGAUUAGGGAAAUCUUGAUUUAAUACUGACCAUUGUUGAUUAGAUUUGAUUUUAGAUGUGAAAUGAAUUUUAUAUACAUGUUUAGUUAGGAUAUUGUCUUCCGUCAUUCCAAACAGCAUUUGAUAUUUGAUGACUAGAGUUCAAGUGUUCGUGUUUCGUACAAAAUACAUUAUUGCUCGCCUGAAGAUUUUGAACUGGUGUCUUGAGGCAUUGUAUUUUGCUUAGGGAAAAAAGUCUUGCCUGUUUAGUUGCUAUAAUUUUUUAUAUAUAUUUAAAUAUAUAUGGAAGAAUUUAGACUGAGUCAUAUUCGCAGGAUGAUAAUGUGUUUGUCAUUAAGACCAAAGAUCAAAUAUGAAUUAUAUUUUCUUGUUCUGAGUUUUAAAGCAUUAUCAUGUUAAUAUAUGGUAAGAAAAUGCAGUUUUUGUAAAUUUUGAAAACAUUAAGCAUUUUGGAUUUCCUCGAGGUUAGCAUGAUCUUUUAAUAAUGAUUUAAAUAAAAAACACAAGUUCAUCAGAAUCUGUUUGGGUAACUGAAUAUAUAUUCUUCCAAGUUCAUGUUAGUUGAUGGAAUGUAUAUAUAAAAGUCCUUUUUAUAAUGUUAACUUUUUAUCUUUUUAAACUUAAAUAUUGUAUUUUUUUCUAAAAUGGUUCUAGCUUUUUGGUCCUGUCUUUGUUAAAUAACCUAUUAUGGUCGCAACUGUUUGUAAAAAUUACCACAGUAAAAGUUUUAAAAUUUAUAUACAUGUAGUAUAACUUUUCAUGUUGACUAACAUUAUUAAUGUGUAAAUUUUAAUGAGAUUAAUCUGUGUUACCUGAAUUACAAAUAUAGAAUUUAACCUUUAAAGAAGAGAUUUUAGACAAUUGUAAAGAACAUCUCAUUUGGCAACACUAAUACGGUGAAACCUUGGGUAUUUUGAAAAGAUUCUUUUCAGUUGAAUAAAAUGCUUUAGAUGUCAGUUUGUUAACUCAAUCAGAUGUGUACUAAUUGAAUGUAGUUCAGAUAUAAGAUUUUUUUUAAGUAAAAAGUUAAACGAUGUUAGAAUUUGAUCGAAAAUCAUCCAUAUGCAUUGAAGUAACAAGCGUUGAUUGUUGAAAUGGUACAUUGUAUUAGAAAGAUCGCGUUGAAAUUGUAAUGGUGAAAAAAUAAAAAUAAAUUUUAUAGAAAACGGAAAACGACUCAAUAUGAUGAGAGACUGUGAGUGUUUACAUACAUCACCUCGCUAAUACGUCUUCUAAAUGUUGUCUGUGUAAUUUCAAAAUCCAAACUUAUUGGUGGUGCUUAUAACAUACAUAUAUUAUAUACAUGUACAAACACAGCAUUUUUUUUUUACAACAUUCAUGAUUCUAUUAUACCCUGCAUAGAGAGAGAGAGAUAAAAAAAAAUUGUUCAAACAUGUCUGCGUUGAAUUAAGAAGUGAACCGAUUGAUUGUUGAUAUUUAUACCGUCAUAUUUCUGUUCUUUUUAUGUAUGAUUUCAGUGACACCAAGAUGCUUGUGACUGGUUUUUCUUUCUCUCUUUCUUCUUCUGUGUGUGCGAGUUGAACAAGAUGCUAGUUAGUUAUAUUUUUAUUGUUGAGAAUUUAGUCUGACUUUGUUGGGUUUUCUUCAUAAAAUGGCAAAUACCAAAAUGUCUUAAUUUUUAUAUAAUCAUACAAAUGUGCUCACCCAGUCUAUUGUGUUUGUGUGUGGUUUUUUUUAAAUGAGUAUAAAAUAAAAAUAUUAACUUUGUUUUUUUUUUUAAAUCUCUGUUCAUAAUAUCACGUGUGUGAUGAGACUAAUACAUUAUGCUUAACUAUCUGUUUGAUUUGUUUUAUUUUCUGUAAUUUAAUAUAUAAUUAUAUAAAUGUAUUGGAUGUUAAAUUACAGAUUUGGUCUCUGCUUUGGAGAUACUAGUAGUACAAGAGAUCUCGCGAAGAUAGGAAGAGAAAAACAAAGCAUUUGUAUAAGUGUUCGUUGUUUUAUUAUAUAUCAUCAUAGAAUAUAUAUCUAUAUAUAUUUUACUCGGUAAUGUUAACAUAUUGAAUUCCUUCGUUACCAAAUAAAUAUUUCACGAGUCUGUUA